UUUUUUUUUUUUUUUUUGUUUUUUUUUGCGAGGAAGAAAAAAACAGCGGGGCGCUUUCUUUUGUGGCAGGAACAUACUGCACUUCCAAUUACGAAAAGCGGAGAGCGGUGGAAGCGACGCUUGUUUGGUGGAUUGACACUCGCAAACCAAACAGUCAAGCUGGCAUUUACAUUCUAAUAUUGGAGUCACAGUCGGUCUCUCAUGGACUCUGUGAGCUCUGGGUUGAGUUGGCUUGUGCUCACGACCAAAAAGAAAACCCACAAUGCCGAGAUCAACAUGCCGAGAGGCACGCAAGCAUACCGAGGAUAAAGUGUUGGCGGCCCCUAAUCACGGUAUAGCAGCACAGAAGGGUUUUUCAACCAACGCAAAAAUGAUUGACCACCACCAUUUCCCUUACCUACACGAUGCUUCGCCAUGCAGAUCCCAGAGACACAAGUCCGCUCUUCAGCAUGGAGAGGGCACACUUAGGUAUCCUCCCUCGUCCGUGCCACCCGACGAUCUUGACCUUACCCGAAAUGUCAACUAUUGGCUGGUGGGAAACCCACUACCUCGCCGCACACAUGCCUACCUAUCCGGAGACGGACAUGGCACCGAAGGUAGGGCUAUGUGGUAUGAGGUUACUUUCAUGUCAUAUUGGAGGAGGAGGAGGAGGAGGAGGGGACCGGUACCGCGAGUGUUGGGCGCCAUCACCGCCCUUGCAUUCUGUUGGCAACUGCCCAGGUACCUUGUAUGGGGUAAGAUAUACCUAGGCAAGAUGGGUGGAUGGAUGGGUGGGCUGCCUUUGGUUUGUUCUUCCAAGAGAAGAAAGGGCAGCCUGAGUGUAGCCCUCAUGGGACAGGCUCGACAGGGACUACCACGGGACGAUGGCGGAUAUAAUGGCUUUGCGCUCUGGUGUGCUGUGAUCAAAGGAAUUGUGAGUGUCUCUGCCAACUCCAACAAUGCAGCCCCCAGCAGGUGUUUGCAGCUUUACAAACUUGGCAAAAAUGGUAACGACAAAGUAUUCAAGGGAGUCGGUUACCUCGCACUUGAAGAAACGAGGCCUUACGAGCCAAUCUCAGGUUAUACUGCUAAAGAGUUGGAGCUAUCCCUAGGGAGUGGUGCUGUUCUGGGGUUCCCUGCGGCUCUUCCGGGUGUCGAAUUUACAGCACGAAACAAUCGUGCCUCAUGCUAGGUUUCUUAUAUUCUCGGCAGAUUGAGAUACUGGGAAGCCAUGUUAGAAAGAUUGUUCAGUCGACAGCAGAGUGAAGAGAAAGACAGACGGGAAUAGGGACUAAGGAAUGUGGAAACUGGUGUCUUUCUCAGCCAGAGAUAGACCUGACGGCGAAUCAACAGUGAAUGCCCCGAUAAAGGAAACACACAAAUGGUACACUUGAGAACAUUCCGAUACUGGCAUAUAGGAUUGCGAUGAGGGCACAGCUCCCCGAAGGGCUAGCUUGGUCGGGUAGCCAUGCCUUUUACCGAUGCCCAACUGGAGAUGAAGCUCGACGUUGACAGUUGUAUCGUGAACAAUAAUCUGACGAUUGUUUGAGGUCAACAGUUUGUUACUUGGACAAGCGACUGGGUGGCAGAAACGUGUGGGAGCGGCGGCCGCAUGCGCAGCUUCCAAUGAGGUUCUGGAAAGCAUCAUGAAAGAUUUGUAUUGGGA